AUGUCUGACCUUCUUCGGUCAGCUUUUAAUUACUUCAGUCAGCCGCCGCAAGGAUCUGGAGUAUUAAUUGGUAAAACAGAUCAUCCUUUAGUUGGUACCACAGUAGAUGUUGGUCCAUACCGUGUUAAAAUUCGAAGUUUGAUUGCCGAAGGUAAUGCCAGCGGUUAUGCAUUGGUUUUCUCUGCUCAGGACAGUCAGGGAAACUGGUACGCACUCAAACGCCAGUUAGCAGCAGACCGUGAUGCUGCAAAUGCGGUCGUUCGGGAAAUUGAAUUUUUACGAUCUCUUUCGGGGCAUCCAGCAAUUAUAAAAUUCGUUCAGGCGGCUCAAGUUGCUCCCCGUGAUAGUGGAAGAAGCGAAUAUUAUUUACUAACUGAAUUAUGCUCAGGAGGGAAUGUUGUCGAAUUAUUGCAAAGAGGUCCCCUGUCUGUCUCUCAAGUGGCCAAGAUCUUCUAUGCUGCGUCUCAAGCAGUUUAUCAUAUGCAUUCUAAAAACCCUCCAAUAACUCAUCGUGACAUGAAAGUCGAAAAUCUUCUUUUUGACUGUACGGGUCGGGUCAAACUAUGUGAUUUUGGAAGCGCCACUACUGAAAUUAUUAGGCCUGACGAAAGCUGGAGUGUGUCAAGGAGAACUCAGUUAGAGGAAGAUUUAGCACGGUUUACGACUCCGAUGUACAGAGCUCCUGAAGUGUUAGAUGUGUACUCGGAUUAUAUUCUUGGACCUCCUCAGGAUGUUUGGGCUCUUGGAUGCAUUCUCUAUUACCUUUGCUACAGGAAGCAUCCUUUUGAGGAUAGCGCUAAAUUACGAAUAAUCAAUGCAAAAUAUACAUUGCCAGAAAAUGAAACGGGUUAUAACAUGUUUCAUCCUCUAAUAAGAAGAUGUCUUGAAAUUGAUCCGAAGAAAAGAGUGCCUGUUAAAGACCUUUGUGAACAAACUAAGGCACUUGCUACUGCCCUAAACAUUGAUUUAGAGUCACCAGUGGAUGGUGUUGAAAAACAGUUAUUGUCAAGCUCAACAGUUUUAGAUAAUUUAGGAGGAGGAGGUGAUCGUUUUUCGCAGCAGCGGCAGUUUGCUAAUCGGAAUUCGCCACCGAGGCCGCCUCCACCAGCAGUGCAUAAACCUGGACUGGGCCGCCAAGAACCUUCCGCACAGCAACAUGCUUCUGCAGUAUUUGGAGCUCUGAAGGGUCAAGGCAUGUCAUGGUUCAAAAACAUCAAAGAUAAAACUGCUGCAGUUGCUCAAACCGUUCAGUCUACUUAUGGAGGUCGUGGUCCUGAUGUAGUAUUUGUGACCACUAAACUCGUACUUGCCCCCCUUUCCGAAGCGGUCCCAGAAGCUCUGGCCGCUCAAGCUGAAGAAGCCAUGCGUUCCUACAUUUUAGACCAUGGUAAAGGUCGUUUUGCCAUAUACAAUUUAUCACCAAGGCGAUUGCGAUGUGAUUAUAGUGAACGUUUGAGUGAAAUUCCAAUGCCCUUAAUAAGUAGCGAUGUAGCUCCUACCCUAAAAUACGUACUAAAUGUCUGUAGAAAUAUGAUAUUAUAUCUGGAACAGUGCGCGACUAACUUUGUGGUCAUUACCGGUCCAGAAGUUUACUGUUGUCUAAUGGGCGCUGCUUUAUUGUUAUAUGGGGCACUGUUUACGAAACCACUAUUGGCCCUUCAAUUUAUUGAAUCGAAAAGAAAUUUGCCUGUUUUGCCUGCUUCAAGCCAUCACAUUCUCAACUUGCUUUCAACUGUGGUGAACUCUACUCCUCAGGAGAUUCGUGGUAUGGUACAUAAUCGUCAAAUUUCGUUAAAUUCCCUCCUAAUUUCACCACCACCAAAGUUCAAUAUAGCUAGGACGGGCUGCAGACCUGUUAUUGAUGUUCUUGUUGGUGGUCAUAAAUUAUGGUCAUCGAAGAAAUCUUACGACUUGUUGAGAGCGUAUGAUUCUCCUAGCUGUUCAACAGCAGAAAUUGAUCUUGAAAACUUAGUCGUUACUGGUGAAGUACAGGUGUUAGUCUAUCACGCAAGGUGGUCUAAGGUUCACGGAAAAAUCCAAGAACUUUUUAUGUUCUCUUUUUGUUUCCAUUCCAACUUUAUCGACCCUAACACGCACAUUUUUGAGCUAAGUAAGGGAGACUUAGAUAUUCAUCCCGACGAUGAACAAAAAUUUGGUCCUUGUUUCAGAGUUGGCGUACGUCUUCACAUUGAUGAUAAUGAUCGUGAAUUUAACACUGCUGAGUUGCCAAACUUUUUGCAUUAUGAUGCAAAUAGUAUUCGUAAAGAUGUUCUGGUGUCAAACCGAGAGGAGUACGACGCUAUUUUUGCCUCUCACGAGCUUGGAAAAGCGGAUAUACACUAUAAACCCGUGAAUGAACAACCAGAGAGGAAGAAGGCUGAACGUGAUGAUUUGGUUUUACCUAUGCAACAGUUGGAAAUAUCUACUAAUAGUGGUGGAAAUGCUACAGAUUUCUUUUCAACGCUUUCUUGGAGUGAUGACGGUGCAUCUAAAACUCAGCCUCAUCAGGGCGAAGGUAAAAAGCGGGAUGUAGCUGAAGAGUAUGAGAGACUUUAUGGAAUUCGGGUAGGAGGUGACGAAAUCGAAGAUCCAGAGGCUGAGCUUUAUAAGUUUGAUUACGAGAAGGCACCCAAGGAAGAACCGUUACAACAAAAUCCGGUUACAAACAGUAUAAGGGACGUGGAUCUUUUGGGCCUUGAUAAUGACAGCAGUUGUGUGUCACUUGAUGGCACGGCGUAUCAGUUCUCUUCUGAAAAUUUGACUGCUAAUGUAGAAGGUAACUCACACUCCGUUAAUUCUUCGACCGAUUUCCUGAAUCGCGGUUACAAUUUGAGUGGUACUGGGAAAGAUGGUUCUGAUGACAGUUUGCUUGCAUUCUCUGCUCUGCGUCCACCAGAGCAGACUUCGAACAUUCAUCGCAAUGUAUCUGCUCCUUCAUUCACCUCUCCGCCUCAGAAAAAACCAGUCUUUGAUCCAUUUGCUGAUUUUUUGGCUGCUCAUCCCGACCCCGCUCCUUCUGCGUCAACUUCGAAACCAUGUUCGAUAAUUAUUAAUUGUGAAAUAGGUGCUUCUGGACCAAGUAGUGGUAGAGCUACUCCUUCUGUACAAAGACCUAAUUAUUCUCGUUCGCAUUUCGACGCCCUGAGUUCUAUUGGUGGUGCAAAGCCGAAGUUAAACGAUAAUACUUUUGAUGACCUACUAAGUUCUCAAGGAUUUUCUUCUUCGAAAGGACAGAAAUCAAUAAGCGAAUUACGAAGAGAAGAAGAAAAUAAGCAACUUGAUCCUGUGUCGAUAAAGAUGCGUGACUGGGUGACUGGGAAAGAGGGAAAUAUACGUGCAUUAUUAGGUUCUUUAAAUGAUGUGCUCUGGCCAGGAGCAGACAAAUGGGUUCAACCAAGUAUGGGAGAACUUCUUUCAGCUAAUCAGGUUAAAAAGUAUUAUCGUAAAGCUUGUCUUGUAAUCCAUCCGGACAAGCAGGUUGGAACAGAAAAUGAGGAUCUUGCUCGCGCUAUUUUCACGGAACUGAAUGAUGCUUGGUCAGCUUUUGAAGCUGCUGGUUCCCCUGCGUUAUAA